AAAAAAACCCCGCAGAUCUUCCAAAUAUCUUCCUUCCUAGAAGAGUAGCACAGCGCACACGACCAACCGGCGAAAUCCCCAGCCCCAAGUUCGGCACCUAGCACGCAUUCGGCCCGGCUCGUGAAUGCUACUCCACGUGCGCAGACGUCACUGCCUCGGCAUCUCCGUAGCGGCCUUGGCAACUUCCUGUAUUCACAUGCUUCCCCGGAUUUCGCAAGCUCCGACAUCACUUUCUGUCACAAGCACCCGAGUGUCGGUCGUUCAAAUAGCGGAGUGGCCCCAGAAUCUGCCGAGCAUCCUUACGCCUAAUUUAUACCCCCCUCAUCGAGCGCCUUCCCUCCUGUCCUUACGAGCCGCGAUUGAUUGCGCAAACAACGUGGAACGAGAUUUGGAUUGAAUAGCUUCAAAGCACGGGAACUACACGCGAUGUCUCUAAAAGCAGGUCAGUAGGACGCAUUAUGGCGGGCUUGGAGCGAUUGCGGG